GCAUGAGCCCUACACUAUCUGGUGUGUAAAAGGAAGCUUGAAAGUAAAAAGGAGGCAUUGCUAAUCCUUUCCAAAGAGCUGGACACCUGUCAACAAGAGAGAGACCAGUACAAGCUUAUGGCCAACCAGUUGCGGGAACGACACCAGUCUCUGAAGAAGAAGUAUCGGGAGCUGAUUGAUGGGGAUCCAUCCCUUCCGCCUGAAAAGAGGAAACAGGCAAAUCUUGCUCAACUACUGAGUGAGGCUCAAGAUCGAAAUAAACAUCUUGGAGAAGAGAUUAGAGAGCUUCAACAGAGACUGGGAGAAGUACAAGGGGACAAUAAGCUUCUUCGAAUGACAAUAGCAAAGCAAAGACUUGGAGAUGAUGAAGUUGGGGCCCGCCACUUUGCAGCUCACGAACGGGAGGACCUUGUUCAACAAUUGGAGAAGGCUCGAGAACAAAUCGAGACCCUGAGAUAUGAUCUUCAGGCUGCACUGGAUGAGCUACAGGAUGUGAAAGAGGAACGCUCUUUUUACCAAGAUAAAUCUGACAGACUAAACCAAGAACUCAAUCAUGUCUUAGGAGGGCAUGAAAACCGUAUCAUCGAUGUAGAUGCUCUAUGUAUGGAGAACAGGUAUCUUCAAGAGAGAUUAAAACAACUUCAAGAGGAAGUCAACCUUCUUAAGUCUAAUAUUACUAAAUAUAAGAAUGCACUAGAGAGGAGAAAAAAUUCAAAGGCUCAUAGUAGAUCCAGUAGCAGUGCUCUGACUGGAGUCCUGUCUGCAAAGCAAGUCCAAGAUUUGUUGUCGGAGGAUCAUGGAUGUAGCCUACCAGCCACACCACAGUCCAUUUCAGAUCUCAAAUCACUGGCCACUGCAUUGCUGGAAACUAUCCAUGAAAAAAACAUCGUCAUACAACACCAAAGGCAAACCAACAAAAUUCUAGGUAAUCGAGUGGCAGAACUAGAAAAGAAAUUAAGAACUUUGGAAAUUGCUGGCUUGUGGAGUCUUCCAGGUGGAAAGGAUACCAUAAUGUUCAGUGACCCAACCUUGCCUGUUAUACAGCGGUCCAGGUCACCGUUGUUAACGUUUACUGAUAAGCCACAGAAAACUGAAGUACAAGCAGAGCAGAAGGCAGAACGUGAUGAAAUUUGUGCUGUUGCAAGUGAGUCCCUGGCUCCAGAGGGAACAAAAUUAAAUAACAGAAAGCAAAAUAAACAUUUUUAUCCUUCAUUACCCCAGCUACCUUCUGAAGAAGAAGAAAUAAACAAGCUCGGAAGUCAGAUAAUUAAACUGACAGAGCAGGCAGUUGCAGAACUGGAAGGGAAAAGAGCAAGCGCUUCCGCAGGGGAGCAGAACACGGUGGCUGGAGCAGAGCUUAAUGGUUCAUCUGAGGGAGAGUUCCCACUUUGCAGCCCUGACUCAUCCGACCCCACAGAUCCCUCAAACUCAGAGAACGAACAAACAGCUGAAACUGAGGCCCUGAAAGACAGUGGCGAAAUCUCAGAGAGUAAUUGUGAAAUUCCAAAUGAAAGAGGGGAUCAAAAUAGCAGCACCGUGGAUGUGGUGCAUACUGAGGACCCUGGAAGGCACAGAGGGCUCAGUGUUACAACUGCACACAUAAAAACAGCUUUUAGUUUUGGCUACAGUGUACCAAAAAUGUAAAUUACCUAAGGGAAAGAAUUAGUGAUGAGGUUUAAUCAUGUUGGGGUUUUGUAAUGAUUUGAAGUCUCUACAUAGAUUGAUGUAAUUUAUAUUAGUGUAGCAAAGAGACCAAUGAUGAUGAUGUAUCAUGUUAUCACUGGGCUUCUGUAAUGUGUAUGGUCCUAGUGCUGGACUGCAUUUUUAUGGUUAGAAGCGUCUUCCAAGGGUGAAAAAUUUGGAGUUAUAAAUUAAGAAGCAUUUUAAGGCUGCAAGCUUUUGCUUGUUUCUCAGACUACGUUCUAUUUCUUUUCACAUACAGUGACUCUGAGUACAUCCUUGGAAUAAAAUCACUAUGCCCUUAUAGGAAGUUUCUGAAAACCAUCCCUGCAUGUAUAUAGUUGUCUCAUUACAAACCUUUUUAUCUUCUCAACUGUACAAAAUUUUUCCUUCCCUC